AUGUACUCCGAUCGUGAUUUACUUCGUCCACGUUCGUAUUUGCUAUACGUUGUCCUUACAGCCUUUGCAGUCUUGUCAGCUGCCAGGUUAUUUCUGCGAUCGUUCAACGGACUCCGAAGCGUGCACAGCCACUGGCACCCAGCGCGGUUCAGCAGUUUCAAUCAUUCUACUAUGGCGCUAUCGCUAGAAUCGAAGCUCAAGCUCCGCGACGGAAAUGAGAUACCUAUCAUUGGGUUUGGAACCUAUGAAAUAGAAGGACGGGAAGCCUACACUACCGUCAAGUGGGCUUUGGAGGCCGGAUACCGCCAUAUCGACUCGGCUGAGUGGUACGCCAAUGAGCGCCAAUGUGGACGCGCCAUCCAGGACUUCUGCAAGGAGACCGGCGUUUCGCGCAGCGACGUUUACUACACGACGAAGCUGCGCUCCAACUCGGGGUACGCCGCCGCUAAAGCGGCGAUUCAGAAGUCGCUGGAUACGUGUGGCCUGGGAUAUAUUGAUUUGUUCUUGCUGCACUCCCCGAUUGGCGGGCCUGAGAUGCGGCGCGAAAGUUGGCGCGCUGCACUCGAUGCCAAAGCUGAGGGAAAUGUUCGGAGUAUCGGCGUGAGCAAUUACGGCGUGCGUCAUCUGCAGGAGAUGAUACGGUCGGGUGUGGAACUCCCGGCGAUCAACCAGGUUGACCUUCAUCCGUUCAUGACCCGCACGGACAUCGUUGAAAUCUGCAAGGAGCACAAUAUAGCCCUAGAGGCUUGGGCCCCGCUUGUCCGUGGACUCCGCUUCAACCAUCCUUCCAUCAAAACGUUGGCUCAGAAGUACAACAAGGAGCCUGCUCAGAUUCUCUUACGCUACUCCUUGCAGAAGAAUUACAUUGCUCUUCCGAAAUCGGCGUCCAGGAGUCGUAUCCAGUCGAAUAUUCAAAUUUAUGACUUCAAUUUGACAUCAGAAGAGAUUGCUCAUUUGGAUAGCCUGGACGAAGAACUGGUAACGGACUGGGAUCCCACAAAAUGUCCGUGA